UUCGAUUUCCAUCCCCACUUCCCUUAUCUCCCGCGCUCUUCCCCCGCCACUCCCCAUGGCUGCCGUUGGCGUCACCUCCCCGGCGGCGCCAGCCACCGUGUUCUCCUUGUCCACCCGCCGCCGCAUCCACCUCCAGCCCGCCCGAUUUUCCGCUGCAGCAUCGUUCCGCGCGCGAUGCGCCGCCGCGGCGGCCGAUGGCGGGGCUGCGGCCUCGGAGGGCGGGGCUGCGGCAGCCGAGGGGGAUCCCGACGCGGGAACAGACGUCGCCGGCGGAGCGGCCACCUCCACGCGGCCUCCAUACUCGAUCAUCUCCGCAGCCAACGUGCAGAAGGCGAUGCGGGGCCUUGCAAUUACAGAUUCUGAUCACUAUGGGAGGCUUGGAAUCACCAGAUUAGCGUCAACCGAUGAGGUUAAAACUGCAUAUGAGAAAAGGUGUGAACAACUAAACAGCCAAGGACUGGAAGAAGAGGAAAUCAGCAAGGAACAUGAUCUAUUAAAGGAAUCUUUUACCAUACUAUCAACCGAGGAAGAGAGAAGAUUAUAUGAUUGGAGCUUGGCAAGAAAUGGGCAGCCCGAGCGAUAUGUCUGGCCUUUCGAAGUUGACCCCUUGGAGUUGGCACCAGAUCCUCCAGAGGACCCAGAGGAUGAGUUUCCAACGAUUCUUGUCGGAUACUUCUUGCUGGCAUGGUUCAUAAUUUCUGUUGCCUGCUCGGUGAUUCUCAACAGAUCAUGAUAUUCUUUCUAAACGAAGAUGAAUCGUAACUCGGUACUAUCCUGGUUUAGCACGGACACAAUCUUGCUGGCAGUUAUACUGUUUUAAUUAACUAGUUAUGUACAUAACAUCACAAUUUGUACAGAUCAAAUAUAUGAAUCAAUCUUUAAUUUUUCACAGAAGUUGUCCUGAGUUGCUCACCAUGUACUGCCCACAGGAUUACACCAUUACGGUCUCUAUGUGCCUCCGAUGUUCUAGCAUUUUCUUUUACUGAGCGGACACAGAUGUAGGAGCAAUAGUUCCAAAUGUCUAAUGUGAAUCAGUGUGAAAAUGAGUUCCAGAAUUCCUUGGAUUAA